UCUUCAAGUCUCCUUUUACCGUCGUCUGCUUUUUCGUCUUCACUUCCUUCCGUUUUCUGUUGUUUUUUGUUUUUGUUCUCCCCAACAAUGGCUCUUUCUCUGCAAACUUGAUCACGUCUCACGGCGUCAUUUGACUCGCAAGAGGAGGAUGAUGAUGAUGAGGGUGGUGGUGGUGAUGAUGAUGAUGUUGAUGCUGAUGAUGAAGAUGACGCUCCGGCCGCACUGAUCCGCGCAGGCAGGCAGCCAUGGCCGGCGGCAACUUGGGGAUUUUGACCGCGGCAAUUCUGGCGUGUGCGUGCGUGAGCGCGCGUCACCCUGCGGGAGGGAGUUGCGGCGUUGAACGCCAACCCGCCGCCAGGCAGAAACUCUACGGGACGACGGUACCUCUUCAGCUCGUCGGACAAGACUGGGAGCCAAUGCACCUGCUCCCAUCCCAGAGUCACCCGACGUCGCUGAAGCUGCUGAUUGAGGCGGAAGGGGAGCAGCUGCUUUUGACGCUGCGCAAAAACCAGGGAUUGUUUGCAAGCAACUAUAAAGAAACUCAUUACCUGCAUGACGGCACCGCAGUCGCAGACUCGCACAACUCCUUGGCUCACUGCUACUACCACGGCGAGGUGGAGCAUGAUCCGGACUCUGACGUCAGCAUGAGCACCUGCAACGCCACGCUCAAGGGGUUGAUAUCUGUGGACGGCAGAUCGUACGUGGUGGAGCCGGCGGCCCGCGGCGCCCACGGAACUCACUGGAUCUACGCAACGCAACACCUCCGCUUGACUAGCGGCACCUGCGGACAUCACUUCAACGUGUUCGAGCCCGGCCCGCCGCCGGACCGCGACCCUUUCAAAUCCUUCAGCACCAGGCACAAGCGUCACAUCCAGACCACCACCAAGUACGUGGAGCUGGUCAUCGUGGCCGACAACCGCGAGUUUCAGAAGCACGGCAAGGACGUAGAGAAAGUCAAGCAGCGCCUGGCCGAGAUUGCCAAUUACGUGGACAAGUUCUACAGGGCCCUGAAUAUCCGCGUGGCCCUGGUGGGCCUGGAGGUCUGGAGCGACGUGGACAAGUGUCCCGUCACGCAGGACCCCUUCACCACCCUGCACGAGUUCCUGGACUGGAGGAAAGUCAAGCUGCUGCCUCGCAAACCUCACGACAACGCCCAGCUCAUCAGCGGGGUGUACUUCCAGGGGACCACCAUCGGCAUGGCGCCCAUCAUGAGCAUGUGCACAGCGGAGCAGUCCGGAGGAAUCGUCAUGGAUCAUUCGGACAACCCGCUAGGAGCCGCGGUCACGCUGGCCCACGAGCUGGGCCACAACUUCGGCAUGAACCAUGACACGCCGGAGCGGGGGUGCGGCUGCCGGGCGACGGCGGAGCGCGGCGGCUGCAUCAUGACUCCUUCUACCGGGUAUCCCUUCCCUACCGUGUUCAGCAGCUGCAGCAAGAAGGACCUGGCGGCCAGCUUGGAGAAGGGCGUGGGCAUGUGUCUGUUCAACAUGCCCGAGGUCAAGGUGCUCUACGGCGGGCAGAAGUGCGGCAACAGCUACGUGGAGGAAGGCGAGCAGUGCGACUGCGGCGAAGCCGAGGAAUGCACGAAUCCCUGCUGCAACGCCACCACCUGCACCCUGAAGGGCGACGCCACGUGCGCCCACGGCCAGUGCUGCCACGACUGUCAGCUGAAGCCGGCGGGAACUCCGUGCCGCGAGUCGGGCAACUCGUGCGACCUGCCCGAGUUCUGCACGGGCGACGGCCCCCACUGCCCCGCCAACGUCUACCUGCACGACGGGCACGCCUGCAGCGGCGCGGACGGCUACUGCUACAACGGCGUGUGCCAGACGCACGAGCAGCAGUGCGUCACGCUGUGGGGGCAAGGUGCCAAGGCUGCGCCCGGCAUCUGCUUUGAGAGAGUCAACUCGGCGGGCGAUCCCUACGGCAACUGUGGCAAAGACGCCAAAGGAUCCUUUGCCAAAUGUGACGCACGGGACGCCCAAUGCGGCAAAGUCCAGUGCCAAGGGGGCGCCAACCGCCCCGUCAUCGGCACCAACGCGGUCUCCAUAGAAACCAACAUCCCCUUGCAGGAGGGCGGCAGGAUCCUGUGCCGCGGCACGCACGUCUACCUGGGCGACGACAUGCCGGACCCGGGCCUGGUGCUGACGGGGACCAAGUGCGGCGACGGAAUGAUGUGCCUGAACCGCCGGUGCCAGAACGUCAGCGUUUUCGGCGUGCACGAGUGCGCCGCCAAGUGUAACAGGCGAGGGGUGUGCAAUAACAACAAGAACUGUCACUGCGAGGCGCACCACGCACCUCCUUUCUGCGACUCGCCCGGUUUCGGGGGCAGCGUGGACAGCGGUCCCGUCCGACUGGCAGACGGCGUCCACGUGACGGCGGGUGUCCUGGCGGCGCUGCUCACCGUGGUGGGCGCCGCCGCGGUGGUGUGCAUCAAGCGGAAAAGCCUCCAGCGGGUGCUGUCCACUGCCAAGAAGGAUCCGCCUGACAAAUUCAGGUCUGUAAGCGCCUCAGCGGGCGCGGCCUCCACCCCCAAGCGACAUCAGCCAACAAGCGUGGCGUCCCCUUCUCGACCGGCACCGCCCUUGCCUCACAGCGCCACCAUCUUUAAGGCGCAGCUCCCGCCACCGCCCUACCCGUCGCACAACCUGCGCCGCUUGCCCCGGUGCCAGCCUCUCUCGCUUAGCGUGUCGCUGGCCGCGACGCCGACCACGCCUCCGCAUCCUCAUCCUCACGUCCGCGUGCCGCUGGCGAGAAGGACGGCCGUUGCGUUCCGUGGCGCUGCCCCCCUAAACGCCUGCAGGAAGGGGAGCGGCCCGGUCCCCCCCAGAACCCUCUGCCCGCAGACCCUCGGACCGCUCACGCCGCACCCGGACCCGGACCCGUGCGUCCCCACCCGGCAAAAAGUGUGGCCAUGCAGCCCGUCACGCUGCCCAAGCCCCGCGUGGUUUCCAACGUCAAAUACAGCAGAUGAUGACGUUGCCCGCGGCGAUGGUGGAAUCGUUUGCACUAUGGUCGCCUUCAAAAUGGCGGCCCUGACACGCCUUCUUGGUGCUACGAGUUCAGGUACACGCAAGUGAACUAUUUAUAUGACCCCUAUUUAUUUGUGGCCACGCAGGGCACUGUGCCUGACACUUUAUUUUUUUUAAACACGUAUAAUGACUCUUACGAGCCAAGAUUUACAGCCAUUUCUUUGUUUCUUCAUCUAAAAACUUAUGGAUCGUUAUAAAAGUCAAUAUGUGAGCAACAGUGGUGCCUUGACUUAAAAGUACAGCCCGGCCGAUAUGGAUUUUUUUUUUCAAGCCCGAUACCAAUAU